AUGUACUUCACCAAGUCCAUCGUUCUCACCAUCCUCGGCGCAAGCCUGGCCCUUGCCAGCCCUUACCCGGCCAACGACCUCGCAGCCCGCGGUGGCGGCGGCGAUUACGGCAGCGGCGGCGGCCAGUCCUGCCAAUGCGGUCAGGGCCAGGCCGACUCUCAGUCGCAGUCGCAGUCUCAAUCCCAGUCGCAGUCCCAGUCCCAGUCCCAGUACAAUCCGAUGCCGAAGCCGCAGUGCCAGCAGAAGCAGCAGCCGUACUGCGCCAGCAGCAAGAACAGCUGGUGCGGCUAUGACCAGAACAAGGACCAGUGCCGCGAGGGAAGCGGCCAUGUCGUCUUCUGCUCCCAGCAGGGCCAGGAGCAGCAGUGGUGCAACAACCACUAUGGCCCCUAA